GCCAGUUGUGCUUAUGGCAAAUUGCAGAGGGCCACAGUUGGUGAUGAUGAACGUUCUCCGUUCCAUGUUCGGGGGGUGCAGCAGCUCGGCGGAGAAGGGGGAGGUCCACGACACGGUGCGACGCGUCUUCGGCAACGAGCUGGUAUUGAAAGACAACACUGACAAGCAGAACCAGAGAGCCAAAUAUGUGACACACAUACAAGAGAACCUUUCAAAGAUAUUGGAUUCAAAAACUGUCCAGAAAUCAAAAUCAACAAAAAAGCACGCACCAGUGACACCAGAUAAUACUGAUGCUAUAGACGAAAGACCCGGCCGUCUAGGACCUAAACUUGUAGUUUUCGAUGCAUUGACAGGUACUGGAAGGCUGGUCCUCGUUGGUGACGAGCGAGUGAGCGUGCAGGGUCUGUCCAACUUCGCGACCAUCCGGGCGACGGCGUGCGUGUACGCCGGCAAGUGGAUAUAUGAAGUGCAAUUGGGCACUAAGGGCAUCAUGCAGAUCGGCUGGUGCACUUCAUCAUGUCAAUUCUCCGUGGACACAGGAGUGGGAGACACGGCUCACUCAUACGCGUACGACGGAGGCAGGAUUCGGAGAUGGAACGUUGCCACCUCGCCGUACGGUCAGGCGUGGCUGCCCGGUGACGUCAUCGGCUCCUGCAUCGACAUGGAUAAGGGUACCUUGGAGUAUUACCGAAACGGCCAAUCUCUCGGCGUAGCAUUCAGUCAAGUCACACGCGGCUCCGGUCUUGCCUACUUCCCAGCUGUUUCACUAGCCAUGCAAGAACACCUUUACGCGAAUUUCGGACAUUUACCAUUUAUCUUCCCGGUAGAAGGAUACGCGCCAAUCCAAGCAGCGCCCAUUCGGGAGUGUCUGCGAGCGAAUAUACUGUUGAAGUCACUCGAUGCACUCAUCGACGAGCUGGAAAAAGUAUCUGAUGUCAAACCAUCAGUCACUGCUAAAAAUAGUAAGGCAAAAUCUGAAACAUCGAAGGGUGAAGAGGAAAUACCCCUGCGUAUCGACAGUACAACUUCCUACUACAGUCCCAAAGGCUCGCCGUACAAUAUAGACACACAGAGCGUUGAAGCCAAAAAGAUGUCGAAUAGGGCUUUCCUAAUGUCCAUCUCAAGAUUGGUAGUGGAAGAGUUACGACCAGUGUUGAAGUCCUCGUAUGUCGUAGUUUCAGAAUUACUGCCUAGAUUUAAAGAAAUUUUGGGACUGAAAGCCAAAGGUCAACGACCGGACGCAAUUAGUGCUGAGUUUUAUCAGAAAUCAAGAGAUCAGAAUUUCCGCGGACUGGCGCAUAAGAUGUUAACGCAACCGAAAUCCCGCAUAUCAUGUCUUUUGAAUUUACUUUGGAUAUUUCUAGAGGAGGCGGCGUUGUGUGAUAUACUGGAACAUUGUGUCGUUAGAGAAUGUCUGCUCUACGAUUUAGUGCCGCUGGACAUGAACUUUAAUCAACAAAUAGAGGGAUUGUACGUUUUGUGCGGCCUGAUGCAACAUCGAGAAACGAGGCACUAUCUUGUCAAAUAUGUGUUUUUUAAUAAAAUCACAUUUGACAACUUCUUGAACGUCAAGUGCCCCGAUGACAACGUUUUACGUUCAGUAAUACGAAAACCAUGGUGGCAGCGUCCGACAUCAGUACAAGGAGAGACUGAUCCUAUGAUUGCUGAAAUGGCGGAAAAGGGAACUAUCCAGCAAGCCACAUUUGCACCAAAUACCACAGAAAAAAUGUCCAAACUACAGUCAACUAUCGACAGUGACAGCAAAUUAGAAGCCCAGUACAGGGACGAUUGUAACAAAAUAACACAAUCAAUCGCGCCAUUAGAAAGAAUACAGAUGGAAUUUCUCCUAAUGCUACUCGACAAUUCAGAUGGUACAAAUAUGGUGCCAUCAACCAGAAAAAUAUUUUUGGAAAAAUUUAGGAGAUACAUUAUGGACAACUGCAUAUUGGAUAUGAGGUUAUUUAGUGUCUCCCGAAACUCACCAGCUAUAUCUUGGUGCUGUCAUGCACGACUACUCACAGCCGUAAUGCAUCUGUGGAACGAGAAUCCAUUAGAACAUCCGCAAACUAUUCCCCAUAUUCCCGCAAAGACGUUCAUUGAUGGUGAAUUGGAUUUCUACAACGUUGACCGCCUCGGAGGCGUGCUACCAUUCCUUGUAAGGACUUUGCGACAGGAUUUGAUAAACGUCCUUGGUGAAGAUAACAUGUUUAUACAAAGCUUCGAACCGAACUAUAAUAGAGCGGGAGGCAUCGACACAGGUGUAAGUGACAUGGCAGCCGGCUCACCAGGUCUUGCGACUCUACCUCAAGUAAUAUCUUCAAUCGCGAGGUUUAUGCAUCAACCGAUGCCACCUAUACCUAACAGAACAAUUGGUGAAACAGCGCUGGCGUUGAAAGGGACAAGGUCUAUGAUGCCUGGUGCUGGGCCCAUCGAUGACAGAAAUGCGUACCUAAGGUUACUGGAUGGACUACUUGCGUUGUACCACGGAGCAGCGAUAAAGCAUUCAGAGAGACUUUGUGAACUUCGUGAUAACCAACUCGACUUAGCGGACUGCCUCCAUGACAUAGAACAUCGAAUAUUAAUAGUGACACAAGAACUUCAAGCUCUCUCUGGUUUAGCUGACACAGAAGAGGGUCAAACGAAAACGGAACUUUUUAAAGUGAUGCUCAAGGAAUUAGACCGAUCCAAAAGUGUAUACGAGGAGAAACUGGACGCCAGCGCUCUCCAGAUGUCUUGGGUGAUCGGUGCGGUGUGGACAAAGCAAAGGCAGACGGAGCUUGCGCGCCACUUUGCAGGCGCUUUGCACUCUUUGCGCAUUGCGUCUGACACUGACUAUGCGGGACACGUGCAGACUUCCAGUAAAGAAAUAUUGCCUGGCAAAAGUUCUAUAUUAGGAGCUCAGAGCUAUGCGUCUCUCCAGUUAGAAUACACUUCCAGUUCUAAUCAAAGUCCGCAGACUCCUACAUCAAGAGCGGCAACACCCCGGGCUGGCUCUAACACGCAAAUUGAUCCAAUUAACAAUACCACUGGACAAGAAUACCCGGAGUCAUUGUUUGCAUUCGUGCCCGAAUAUCACGUGGACGCCAUGUUGGAACUGUGCAACACUUUGAGACUUUACAUGCAUCCAACGAUAAACGUUCAACAAAUACCAGAAUGGGAGGAGCUAAUAGUGUCAUGCGCGGCGUUCCUUUGCGCCGAGUUUGCGGAUCCACGCAUAGUUCUGGCGAGCACGCGCGAGUCACUGGUGCAAACACUGGCCUCGUUCGCCACGCAGCCUCAGACCAUGCGGGCUAUUGAACGUGUGCCUUUGAAACAACAAAUGUGUAUGAUAGAAGAGUUGGUACGUCCGUACCAGAAUAGAGCGUGGGCACAAUCGAACUGGGUGAUGGUACGAUUCUGGCACGGAACUGGGUUUGGUUACCGCCACAGACAGUGGCCCCACUUAGCUGCAAGUUUUGGAGACAGAGAACCAACAGUCAACAAUUUAGGAGCCAAAGUCGAUGCUGGACUCAUGAGUCAGUGCUUUGGUCCAUGUCCAUCAGAAAUUAUUGAGAGUCGGAUAGCAGACUACUUGAGGGAGCAUCCAAAGGAAUCCGCAGCGUUCCUAAACUCUCUACUGAGUCAACUGAACUGGGCAUUUUCGGAGUUCUUCACGAUGAUGCAAGAAAUGGACAGGGUGGAAGACGACUCCCACCUGGAGCCGCGUCAGAUUAAGCUAUGCGCGACCUGCUUCGACCUGUACCACGGCCUGGCACGAGCUCUGGAGAUGACGAUCGCAAUGUACGCAGAGCUGUUGACCAAACCUAGCGCCAGUAACAACCAGAAUGACCUUCUGCUGGGGAGGACUUGUCAGAUCCUAAUGGCAGUGGUAUCCCGGGUUUGCGUGCCAGGGGGAGGCAGUACCAGUUUCCAGAGGCUCAUCAACCGAGGGCUGCCCGAUACAGACCGGAUGCACUACUACGUAGCCCUGGCGCCGGUUGCUGGAUGCUUGAUCAGGAUGUUAGACCCUAAGUUACCUGAAGAGCAUUUAAGCAAUAUUACAAAUGCGUUGGUGUCGGAGCCAUUAUUCCGAUUGGAUGGACUUGAUUUUAUGUUGGAAAAAGACAAGAAGAAACCUUUCUCUUUUUAUAAAUUUCAAGGAGACGUCACAGUGGAAGAGCUAGCGGCGCUGGAGGCUGUGGUAGCGCGCCUCCGAGGCGCCUACGACGCGAAGGCGUUGUCGGGCUCCCCCGGCUCCAGUGGCACGCAGUCCGACCUGCUGUGCACUAUAUGCUAUGCCAGACCUGCCGACACGGCAUUUGCGCCUUGUGGACAUCAUUCGUGCAGACCCUGCAUAAUGCAGCAUUUACUGAACAGUAAACAGUGUUUCUUCUGCAAAGCGGAUAUCGAUUCAGUCAGAGAAAUAGAGCCUGCGAACAGUUGAAAACUAUUUACAUAAUCAGUAGAGAUUUCCGAUACAUUUUGAAUAUAAAUACUGUCAAUUACACUUUAGCUUUGUACUACAAACACUUUGUUUAU